UACGUCAAAGUCAGAACCAACUUUUACGGAUUGCUCGUAAUUCUAGCCUGCUAGCCGGCUCUCCGGAGUUUACGGAAAUCCCGAAACUCCGGAGAGCCUGCUAGCAGGCUAUCGAAAUUCUGGGGAAACUCUCCCUUUUGCUCGCACUAUUUUUCGGUGCUCGCAAGCUCGUAAGUGUUCGCCAAAAAACAUCAAGUGCUUCAACAAAUUAAAAGCAUAACCCAUGAUGCAUUGCGCGUGACAGUCAACACGGUUUUCAAGAUGGCGGUUGUGUAAGUCUGUGGCGGUAAUAUCCAAAACGCCGCUAUACGACCGCCAACCAGGGUAAAAAGAUAAAAAAUACCUAGAUACUAAUUAGACAUAGGGUAUAAGAAUAUCCCAAGCAUAGCUCCAAGUGGUUUGAAUGGCCUGCGUCGGAGAAAAUUUAUCGUAUCCAAGAGCAGGUAAAGGCAUGGAGGAAGGUAUGUUGACCUUUGAUGAUGUCACUUCAGUACCUAAAGUCAACUCAGGUGUGAGAAUACGUGAGCUAGAUGAUGGUUAUGUCAACCCUGAACCAAUCAAGCAUGAAGAAGAAGAGGCCGAGCAUCUAUGGGAGGAGUUUCUGUCCCCUGCAAAGUUGAAAUCUCUUGCAGGUGUGCGAAACCUAGAGGACAUUACACAGCUUGAAAUGAAUGUGAACACCAGGGAGAACAGUUUGGGAAAUUUCGGUUCAAUGCUUCCUAAUCUGAACAAGCUCAAACUGUCAAAUAGUAUUAUUUCUACUGUCAGGGAUCUUGGUACAUGUCUUACCAAUUUGCGUAUGUUGUGGAUGUGCCGAUGCUCUCUAAGUGACCUGGAUGGUAUCAGUUCUCUUUCCUCCCUUGCAGAGUUAUACCUUGCCUUCAAUGACAUCAGUGAUGUCAGUCCAGUCAGUAUGCUGGAUAACCUGCAAGUGCUAGACCUGGAGGGCAACCUGGUGGACGAAAUCGCCCAGGUGGAGUUCCUUACCCUGUGUUCAUCCCUCAAGUGCUUAAAUCUGGAGGGAAAUCCAGUCUGUACUGCACCUCACCCAGAUGCUAGUGAAGAGGAGCUAGCUUCCUAUGACUACCGCAAGGCUGUUCACCAGGCAGUCCCCAGUCUAAGGUUCCUGGAUGAUGAACCCUUCCUGGUCGAGAAGGUGGAUGGGAAGCCAGUUCUUCGUGAUAUGCCAGAUUCUGCAAAGGGGGUACGAAUACCUGACCACCUUAUUACUGACUGGCAUAUCAUCAAUGAGGGCAUUAAAGCAGUUGAUGUUGCAGAAGACGAUGAAAAAGCCAAUAGACCCUCAUCAGGUAACAGACCAUCAUCCAGAGUGGCCUCAGCUAGGCCAGGAACAGCUGCUGUCCGGCAGAGACCUGCUACAACAGCACGACAAAGACCAGGCAGUGCAGCAGGCCAGAGGCCAGGAUCCGCAAUGGGUCAACGUCCAGGAUCGGCGAUGGGUCAGCGUCCAGGAUCAGCCAUGGGGUCCCAAGCAGAAGCAGCUGCUGUUUUCCAGGCAGAUGAUAGCAGUGAUUUGACCCAUGGAUCGAGUGAGGUUAUUUGCGGAAACAUAUCAAAGGCUUUGAAAGCAAGAAGAAAGAACAUUCAGAAUUUCAAGCCUGCACUUGCACCAUUCUCAGACUACAUUCCCAUUCACAUCCCUGAGAAAAGUUUUGAGGAUGAUACAAGUGAUUCAAUCUCCAAAGACGACAUCUUUGAAGAGCUCAGACAAUGGCGACAAGAAUACUCCAAGAUGUUUGCUGACGAAGAGGUUCUCGUUAGUGACUCGCCUCCCAGCUCACCCAGGACGGACGGCAGUUCAACGUCCCAAACAACUUCACCCUCAUCCCCACCACAACACUACACCCCCUCCCCGCCCUCGUCCAGCCACGGAAGACAACGCCCUUCCCAGCUUCGCCGCUCUCUCCCUAACCCACCCCUGUUGGGGAAAGAGAUUCAGAGACCGAACACUGCAGCAGAAUUUCGCGUAAGAAGGUUUCGUCACACAUCUGCAGAAGAAAGUAUCGAGAACUUCAAGAUGAGAACCUUGCACGGGGAUGAGUGUUUUGACAUGGAUAAAAACAACUCCACCCUUUCACUGGCUACCAGACUCUCUGCGUCCCUGGAGGCCGAGCAAGGGACUGAACCGAGGUCGUCAUCGGCGCCGGUCAAGCCCUUACGGUCACGCUACAGGGUUCUACCCAGCACGCCAGAUACGCAGAGGGAGGGGAGGGCUUCCCCGGCGCCUUCCCCGGGCGAGUCGCCGACACCGCCUAAACCCGAACUCAACUACCGUCCGGGAACAGCGGCUGCAGCAUUGCAAAAACGACGAAUACGGCCCAACAAAAAGCUAUAGUCAGCUACAUUGCAUUUAAAGUUAACUCUUUCAUCUCCAAAUGUGGUCAACUCGUAAAAUCUUCUCACAUGAUAAUGAUGGCUGUUACGAAUAGAAGCAUAAGAUGAGGAAUAGAUAAGGUAGCCGAACAUGUAGCAGCGUAAUGAACUGCGAACCUCAACCAAGGAAUUCCACAAAUAUAGAACACAUAUGGGUGUCAGGUGGCGUAAACAUGAAACUACUUUUGUUAAUCAACUUUUUCAAACAUUUUUUCUAGUUGUCUCGCUUGUCAGUCUCAUUUGACUGUUACAUGUUUCCUUUAUAUUAUUCUGAGAUGAACCAACAUUCGUUAUUGCAGCAGCAAGGUAUAGCUUAAGGAGGGUGAGAGUGUUAAUUUUGGUGGUUGUGUAUGUAGCUAGCUCAUGAAGAUGGGCUAUGGUGCGUCGUAACCAAGCACAUUCAGGGUAAGGUAGUCAAGUUUUUAAAUAGUGUUACAGUACUGCUGCGGUGUUACACAGUAACAUUAUUCAGUGUGUCGAAGGUUUUUUUGUGAGAAAGGAGGCAGUGUUUACUGACACGUGAUAUCCGACACCGACUCAAAGACGAUGCACUUCGUUUUACCCACGCGUGAAGUGUUCCAGACGCGUGCUAACACCUAAUGUAGACGUGCUUCUAACACGCUGCUGUAGCCUGCUUAAAGACAGUGCAAUGCGUUUUUAUAUCGCAGAGAAAACGCCGAAUUUACAAGAGUUCACGCCCUAAGCUAGUUUUCGCACAUUUAAGAUGUUGGCCGCGCUUCUGGAUCACUUCAUUCGUGAGGGAUCGUUGUUCAUCUCGCGGUGCUAAUCCUAGGUCCUUUUGUAAUUUUGAAGUACCAGGACAUUGUACAGUAUAUCCUUGUAAAUAUUGCCGUGCUUUAGGCCAAGAUUUGGAUUGUUUAUAUGUUUAAAAAAAUGCUUUAAAGCACGUUUUGAGAUUAAAGUAAAUGAAAAAGUGUGUUUUAA